GAGUAUUUUGCAGCCAUGUUCACAGGCUCUCUACGAGAAGCCCAGUCAUCUGAAAUAACUCUAGAAAGAGUUGAUUCACAAGCACUCAGAUCACUUGUUCAUUAUUGCUAUACAGGCACUAUAGAAUUAAGUGAAGAAACAGUAGAGAUCCUCUUGUCAACAGCGAGCUUACUCCAGUUACACUCAGUUGCCAAGGCUUGCUGUGACUUCCUUGAAAAACAGCUGGAUCCAUGCAAUUGUUUAGGGAUAGCUUUCUUUGCUGAACAACAAUCUUGUAUGGGUUUACAUAAAAGUGCAUUGGAGUACACUUAUCAACAUUUCAUGCAGGUCGUUAAACAUCAAGAAUUUUUAACUUUACAAGCUGACCAAUUAUCUAAUUUACUCAAAUCUGAUGAUCUCAAUGUUGUUACUGAAGAAAAUGUAUUUGAAAGUCUAAUGGCGUGGGUUCAACAUGAUAAUGCCAACAGACAAAGCCAUCUACCAAACUUAUUAAAAUUAAUUAAAUUGCCACUACUUUCAUCAGAGUACUUAAUUGAUAAAGUUGAACAAGCGUGUGGGGAUGUGCCAGAAUGCCAACCAUUAAUAAUGGAAGCUGUUAAGUGGCACUUAUUACCUGAGAGAAGAUCGAUGCUGUUCUCCCAUCGAACAAGACCUCGGACAUCAACUAUUGGAAGACUGCUCGCUAUUGGUGGCAUGGAUGGCUAUAAGGGUGCGAGUAAUAUGGAGAUGUAUGAUCCGAGGACUAAUUCUUGGACACCGUUUAUGAGGAUGGGAACCCGUCGGCUACAGUUUGGUGUUGCAGUCAUGCAAAACAAGCUUAUUGUUGUCGGAGGACGAGAUGGACUGAAAACUCUGAAUUCGGUGGAGUGCUUCGACCUGACGUCGCUGAGCUGGAGCACGCUGGCGCCCAUGAACACGCACCGCCACGGGCUGGGUGUGGCCGUGCUGGGCGACGCGCCCAACUCGCCCGUCUACGCCGUGGGCGGCCAUGACGGCUGGAUCUACCUCAACUCCGUCGAGAGGUGGGACGCGUGCUCGCGCUCGUGGACCACGGUGGCGCCGAUGGCGGGCGCGCGCAGCACGUGCGGCGUGGCGGCGCUGCGCGGCCGGCUGUACGCCGUGGGCGGCCGCGACGGCGGCGCCUGCCUGCGCUCCGUCGAGUGCUACGACCCCGCCACCAACCACUGGGCCAACUGCGCGCCCAUGACGCGCCGCCGCGGCGGCGUCAGCGUGUGCGCGGCGGGCGGCUUCCUAUACGCGCUGGGCGGGCACGAGGCGCCGGCCAACACGGCGGGCGGGCGCCUGGCGUGCGUGGAGCGCUAUGACCCCGUCGCUGACAGUUGGCUGCUGCUAGCACGCCUGAGCUACGGCCGCGACGCCAUCGGCUCCUGCCUGCUGGGCGACCGCAUCGUCGCCGUCGGCGGCUACGACGGCGUGCAGUACCUGUGCGUGGUGGAGGUGUACGACGCGGAGAGCGACAGCUGGCGCAAGCUGGCGCCGCUGAGCACGGGCCGCGCGGGCGCCGCCGUCGUGGCCGUGCCGCCGCCGCGCAACCUCUUCUGA